GACGCAAUUUGAUAUUGAAGAUAUUAUCAAGCCAUUCACAAGCAUGGAUUUGAUAGGACGAUUGUAUGCGUACCAGACAGAGUAAUUGGCUUACUGAGCAUACGAGAAAGCAAAAUCCAAACAUCGAGCUUAUGUACAUGUGACAAAAGACAAUAUUCUAUCGCCGCGUCAGUUGCGAAGGCAAAAUGUGACGCGAUGAGAGACAGAUGCUUUGACAGUCUUAGAAACAUUGGGAAUAUUGCGGGAGCUUUAGAAGCAAGGAAAAUUGAAGACCGAUUCCAUUAGAUUGUCAAUUAUGAAAGGAAGACGUUCGUUAAAAUCGCGCGGUUGUGACUUUUGAUGGAUGUAAAAAACCUAGGAUGAUGUGUUGGCAUGUGGAUAUUAUAUAUGUUUGUGUUUUUGGAAUAACAUUUUACGUAUCGCCUACUUUGGGAAAACUUUCAAACACAGUCACAAUAGGGGUGAUUGUCGACUCUAUAGAUGACCGUUCUGCUUCAAUAAACCGCUCCAUAGAAUUAGCAAUGACUGCGACAAAUAACACCAAAUAUGUGAAAAUGAACCCAAUUCGAAAUAAAACUGACCUACGAGAUAGUUUUCGACUUAGACAAACUAUAUGCAGCUUGAUAGAAAAGCAGCCGAUCGCAUUAUUUGGUACAAGCCGGAGCGAGACUUUCAGCAUCAUCGAGUCGUAUAGUAGAGCUUUGCGUGUGCCUUUCUUUUUGCCGACACUUACAAGAGAAACAACUGUCGGUAAAGACAACUACAUUAUCAGCAUGUGUCCUUCCUUCAUAGAAGCCGUAAUAGACCUUAUCAAGUACUUCAACUGGGAUAGAAUAUUUUAUCUCUUUGACACAGAUGACGCUUUAUGGCGCCUGCAGAAACUUUAUCUGGCAUUCAGCGACCGUUUUGUAGACGGAAGAAAACAGCAAUUUCUGAUAGAUGCUAUACGUAUACCGGAUGUCGGAAAUUGCCGGGAAACUCUCCGGAAAUUAGACAGGAACUACAACUUCAAUACAAAGAGGAUUGUCGUAGAUCUAUACUCAAUUCAAGACUUUGACAGGUUUAUGAGCCAGAUAAUUGACGUCGGCAUGAACAGAGACGGCUAUCACUAUCUUCUAGGAACGCUGGAUAUAAGUGGUAUGAACAGAGACCUGUGGAAAUCAUUCACGUACGGAGGUGUGAACAUCACAGGUUUCCAGUUAGUUAAAGCUACUCACAGACACAGGGCCCUUACAGAACUAAUGGAGGCCGACCAGCAACCAUCGGUAGAAGUUGCAUUGACAGUGGAUGCCGUUGCCGUAUUAACUACAGCCCUCGUACGAAUCAGUAAAGACAAACCGAAUUUGCUAGGUUUUAAACGAGGAGAAAUGUACCUACACAUGGAAUGUAGUUCGGACCCCAUCAAAUCUUUACCGCAAGGACAUAUCAUUUUAGACUAUAUAUUAAACGUUACCAAUGAGGGACUUUCGGGGAAAAUAGCUUUUGAUGAAUAUGGAAACAGAAAAGGAUACAAGUUGAAUAUAUUCAACUUAAGCUAUAGAUCACCAAUUCAAAAGGCAAGAUAA